AAGCAGUUGCGGGGAAAAUCUCCUUCUGACGUGGUCUGCUUCUGUCAGUUUUAUCCUUUUCGCCAUUCCUAUUUCUGGCCUUCUAUAAAUCCCCUCCCACCACAUCUUCUCCUCUUCAUCAAUUCUGAUUCUCUUCAACAACUGCGUUCUUUGCUUCUCCUUUUCCUGUUUCCUUUGUUUCCGGAUGGAAGUUAUGGGGGGCUAACUUGGCAAGUUCUAUGGCAUUGACUGGUAUUUUGGCAAUGCAUAGAGGAAGAGAGAACUCUACAAAGUUGCAGAACAUCACUCAUACUGUCAUAUCUAGUAAACAUAAGUGUGAAUUUUCUGGUAUGGACUUUGAAUCAGACUGGACAAGACACAGAAAGUCCUCCGCAUUUGCUGCCCAAGUGAUCCGUUCUGCAACUUCCUUUAUGCCUUGGUCUUGUAGAAUCCAAAUUAGUGAAGUAUAUCAUGAAUUUCUUUAAUCGAAGUUGGUCAUUGAGAAGUUAUAUUUGAGUGAUACUGUUGAAGAAAAACAGUCAUCAUUGUACAUGAUUUAUUUGGUUGCUUCAUUUGUAUAAUGCCUGGAUUCAUUUCUGGAAAGAAGAGGUUUACCGAACCAAAUAUGUGCAUCAUCAACACUAUUAAACAGAAUUCAGUUAGUCAUUCAAAAAGUGAUCCUGGUUUUACUCCUCAGUUUGAUUAUGAGGCUGACAACUCUCUCCUUCCUGGCUUGCCUGAUGAUGUAGCAAAACUAUGCCUUGCCCUUGUUCCCCGUUCUAGCCAUCCAUCUAUGGCUGGUGUUUGCAAGAAUUGGAGAUCAUUCAUUAAAGGCAAGGAAUUCAUAACUGUGAGGAAACUAGCUGGUGUAGUUGAGGAGUGGCUAUACUUUUUAACUAUGGAUGCUGAAAGUAAGGAGUGCCACUGGGAAGUAUUUGAUUGUGUGGAACAUAAAUUCCGAAUUCUUCCACCAAUGCCUGGUUCAGUGAGGGCUGGUUUUGAAGUGGUUGUUCUGAGCGGAAAGCUUCUUGUCAUAGCUGGUUAUUCAGUUGCCGAUGGGACUGAUUCUGUCUCAUCAGAUGUUUAUCAAUAUGAUUCUUGUCUUAACAGGUGGAGCAAACUGGCAAGUCUGAAUGUAGCUCGAUACGAUUUCGCUUGUGCCACUGUUGAUGGAAUUGUCUAUGUGGUUGGAGGCUAUGGGACAGAAGGUGAUAAUCUGUCGAGUGCUGAGGUUUACGACCCUGAAACUGACAACUGGACUCUAAUUGAAAGCCUCCGCCGCCCUCGGUCGGGCUGUUUUGCAUGUGGAUUUGAUGGGAAGCUGUACGUCAUGGGUGGAAGGUCAAGCUUCACAAUUGGAAAUUCCAAGUUCGUGGACGUGUACAACCCCAAGAGGCAUAGUUGGUGUGAGAUGAAAAAUGGUUGUGUAAUGGUCACUGCUCAUGCUGUGGUAGGCAAGAAACUUUUCUGUAUGGAAUGGAAGAACCAAAGGAAACUAGCCAUGUUCAAUCCAGAGGACAAUUCAUGGAAGAUGGUACCGGUUCCAUUAACUGGUAGCUCAAGCAUCGGAUUUCGAUUUGGCAUACUGGAUGGGAAGCUGUUGCUCUUUUCAUUAAAGAAUGAACCAGAAUACCGUACCUUGCUGUACGAUCCAAAUGCAGCUCCAGGCUCGGAAUGGAAAACUUCAGACAUAAAACCAUCUGGCUUGUGCCUGUGCAGUGUGACCAUCAAGGUGUGACUAUGGAGAGUGAAAGACAGUUUCAUGGUUGGGAAUGCCACACACCUGUCUAUCCAGUUUGACUUAUUUGUUAGCAGAUUCUAAUUCAUUCUCUCAAUUUUUAUUUCCUGACAAUGAAUGAUUUCCCAAUCAUUUAUUCAACACCAUUCUCAUCUUCUUAAUGAUCUAGUGGUGAAUCAACAUUUUGAUGUUUUAUAACAAGCCUGGAAUCCAGAUUUACAUUGCUUGGAACUUGCAAUUGUUGCCUGCUAGCUGAUUGAAUCAUGUCGAACGGUGACUAUGGAGUCGAAGAUGCCUGUCAAACCCGGUGGUCGACUUCUGGUUGGCAGUGGCCUAUGCAAGGGCUUGCAGUUAAAACUUAGAAUCUUUAAAAUGGUUGCCCUUUUAAAGAAUUUGUUUCAGAAGAUUGAUGUUUGGUAUGGAUGUCAAACCCCAGCUGGUGCAGGAAUGAGUUUUUAGAGGCUAAAACAACGUUUGGAUGAUGCAUAAAAGAUUAAGAUUUGUAAAUUGUACAUAAUAUGGUAAAUGGUGAAUUCAUCUACUUUUUUUUUUCCUUCA